ACUAGUUUUAAUUUUAAUUUAAAUAAUUUAAACCUAAAGAAUGAUAGAGAGAAGAGAGAGGAAGAGCAGGUUGGGGGCAUUGAAACAGCUUCGGCACUAGUUGCCGAACCUCAAAACCCUCUUGAACAAAGUACACACACAAACACAAAUCUUUCUCUCUCUCUCUCUCUCUCCAAAACUCACUAUUUUUUUUUGCCAUGGAUGAAGACGAUGAAUUCGGAGAUUUAUACACCGACGUUCUCCUACCUUUUGCCACGGAAUCAUCUCCCUCUGUGCCUCACACAUCCUCUGCUCCUUCCUCCAUCGAUCUCAACCAGAUCCCCUCCGCCGCCUCUCACUCUAUCAACGAUCAAAUCCUCCCGACACAAGAUGAGCCGCCUGUUAAGAACGACGACGAGGAAUCACCCGACGACGGCGUUAGGGUUCUUCUUGAACCUGCGGAUAAGGCUUCUUCGCUUGAUUCAAAACCACUCGCGGUUGACGUUGUGUUUGAAGGUAACAACGAUCCAAUGGAUCAAGACGACGUUAAAUUUGACAUCGAGGAUGAAGAUGACGGUGUCUCAGAGCCGGUUAUUCCAGGAUUAUCUGGCGGCCAAGGUGUGGAAGAUGGCGGAGGUUACGACCGUGGUGGGAACGAUGAUUGGGAUAGUGAUAGUGACGAUGAUUUGCAGAUAGUGUUGAAUGAUGACAAGCAUUUAGCGAUGGACAAGGGUGGGCUGGUGGAUGAUGACGAAGACGAUGAUGGUGGGCUUGUGAUUGUAACUGGUGAACCCAGUCAGGGUUUGGAGGAGCAAGAGUGGGUCGAGAAUGCAAACGUUCCGCUGGAUGGUGAGAGAAAGGAUGUGACGGAACCCGGCAAGGCGGUCAUAGGUCCCGGUGGUGUUCCUGUUGUUCCCAAAAUUGGUUUUGGUAGUCAUAUUCAUGGGUAUCAUCCUUUUCAUUCCCAGUUUAAGUAUAUUAGGCCUGGUGCAACAACAAUGCCUGGAGCUACUGGUGCUGCUCAAGUAGGGCCUCCUGGUCAGAUUCGUCCACUUGCUAACAUGAUUGGUCGUGGCAGAGGAGAUUGGAGACCACCUGGAAUAAAAGGGGCUAUUGGUAUGCAGAAAGGUUUUCAUACAGGUCCUGGACAACCUAGUUGGGGCAACAAUGCUGCAGGGCGCGGUUUUGGUGGUGGAUUGGAAUUCACCCUUCCUUCUCACAAGACUAUAUUUGACGUUGAUAUUGAGAGUUUUGACGAGAAACCAUGGAAAUAUCCGAAUGUUGAUGUCUCAGAUUUUUUCAACUUCGGUUUGAAUGAGGAGAGCUGGAAAGAUUAUUGUAAACAGCUGGAGCAACUACGCCUGGAGUCUACAAUGCAAAGCAGGAUCCGUGUUUACGAGAGUGGUCGAACAGAGCAUGAUUACGAUCCAGAUUUGCCCCCUGAAUUGGCUGCAGCUACUUGUUUACACGACGGUCCUGUUGAAAAUGCGAAUUCUUUAAAAUCUGAUGUGGGACUAAGUGAUGUUAUGAAAGGUUCCGGACGUAUGCGACCGCCGAUACCAACUGGUAGAGCAAUACAGGUGGAAGGUGGCUAUGGUGAACGUCUUCCUUCCAUUGAUACCCGCCCACCUCGAAUGCGUGAUUCAGAUGCAAUCAUUGAGAUUGUUUUACAGGGUACUGAAGAUGAUGAUUCGUCUGUGGGAAUAGGUGUCCAAGAUCAAUCAGAUGAUGGAGAAACUCAGAUUGAAAGUUCUAGAGAAGACCAUGUAGCUGGAGAUGGAGUGCCAUGUUUGGAGCCCGAGUAUUUUGACGGUAUUCCACAGGAUUAUAAUCGACGAAAGAAAGAGCUUGCAGGAAGAAGAAUGCCAUUUAUGAAUUCUGUUUCUUCUAAUGUACCUAAUGAAGAUGAAAGUUUGUUCGUCUCACAGAAUGAGCCAACCGAAUACUCUGGUUCAAGGGGCCAAAAUCCUAGGUCUUACGAUGGCAAUUUCAGCUCUUCUCAUGAGGAAAGGAAACUGCAAAAGAGCGCACGUAGUCAAUCUCCUGUUAGUCCUAUUCGAAAACUGAAUACAGAUGACAAUAAAAAAGAAGAUUCAGUUGAAAGCAUGGAAGGCAAAGAUAGCAAACUUUUGUCAUCUCCUGUCAUUGAGGACUUAAAGGAGUCCAGUUUGGAGGACAAAGAUGCUGAGCUUCAGGAUACUGGAACUGCUGAUGGAAGUUCCAGAUUGGGAAAGGAAGAAAUUGAUUUAAAUACAGUCGACAACGUAGAUGUCCUCAAGGAUGGGAUAGAUAAGAAACAGAAUUUGACAUCUCCAGUUGAGCAAUCUUUGCUUGAUGAAAGUGAUGAUUUGGAGGACUUGAAAGCUGCCAGAAGCAGCGAUAAUAGCAAAGCACGAUCAGCAAGCAGCAGAGAUAACCAGAAGCGGCGAGAGGGUCUUGAGGAAGAAGUAGUUCAGGAUCCACGAUCAACACAUCUGGCUAGCAACAGACAGCACCCAGAUGAAAUGGAGCAGGGAUUCUAUAGAAAAGAGAAUGAUGGAAAGCAAGAGCCUGAAAGAAAUCGCAUGGUACUUAGAGGUAAAGAAGGAUCAUACCCUUACAAGGACCGGCAUCGUAGCUCAGUCCCUGUAUUGCAUACAAAUACUGACGGAUUUGAUAGGCAAAAAGAUAGGGACAGUUCUGACAUGGAUUGGGCAAGGAGAGAUGAUGACGUCUAUAGCAGAAAAGUUAGAACUAAUGAACCUAGAAAGAGGGAUAGGACUAAGAUUCGAGAAAAUGAGAGAAGCGACAAAGAAGAUAGCCUUUAUUCUAGAAAACAGUUGGCUAAUGGUAGCUACAGGAUUCCGUAUGAAAAGGAUGUUGGGUCGAGAGACUCAAGACACAGGGAAAGAGAUGAGGGUGUGAGGGUUAGGUAUGAAGCUGUGGAGGAUUACCAUAUCAAGAGGAGGAAGGAUGAAGAGUAUCUUCGGAGGGAACAUAUUGAAAAAGAAGAAAUCCAACAUGCCUAUAGAGAAAAUGUUAGUCGGCGCAGGCGAGAAAAGGAUGACGUAUUGGAUCAACGUAAGAGAGAUGACCUACAAAGAAGUAGAGAUUACCCUGAUGAUCAUUACAUCAAUAGGCAGAAAGAUGAUGCCUGGCUACUGAGGGAGAGGGGUGAUAGGCAAAGAGAUAGGGAGGAGUGGCAUCGUUUGAAACAGUCCCAUGAUGGACCCAUACCCAAGCGUGAAAGAGAAGAAGGGAGGAGUUCUGGAAGAAGUGUACGAGGAGCUGAAGAAAAAGCAUGGGUGGGCCAUGUUAGUGCUAAAGAUGAACAUAAACUUUCUGAGAAAGAAUACCAAUCUAGAGAAGCAGUGCGACACAAUGACCAACUGAAGAGAAGGGAUCGAAUUCAGGAAGAAAGUUCACAUCUUAAGGGGCGUGAUGAUGCCUAUGCCCGUGGGAAUCAAUAUACUGCUGAUGAAAGACGAUCUAGGCAGGAAAGGUCGAGCAGUCGUAGUGAUCGUGUUGCUAAUACUUCAGAUAACCAUAGACUUCACGAGAGGAAACAUAAAGAGGGCUCAAGGAAAAGCAAAGAGCGUGAUACUUGUGACCUUAAUAAUUUAGGACUGUCCAAGAAAGGUCUAGAAAAUCCAAAUGGUCCAUCCAAUGAGAAGUUAGUUUCUAUUGUGAAGGCCUCCAAAGAAUUUGGUGAUGAAGAACGUGCUGAGCAUGAAAUUCCAGGGCAUCGCCUGUCCAAAAAACGCCACCAGGAUGGCAUUUCCUCUGAAGAUGAACAGCAAGAUUCUCACAGAGGACGUUCUAAACUGGAGCGCUGGACAAGCCAUAAGGAAAGAGAUUUCAGUAUCAACAAAUCCUCUUCUUCCUUGAAGUUCAAAGACAUUGAUAAGGUUAAUAAUGGCGGGUCUUCUGAAGCUGGGAAACCUGUGGAUGAAUCUGCUAUAACAGUUGAUGUUGAUAACCAACAACCCUUGUCUGCUGAAGCAAGGGAUUCUGUAGACAUGGAAAGCAGGGAUGGUGAUUCCAAGGAAUCAGGGGAUCGGCACCUGGACACAGUUGAGAGGCUGAAGAAACGCAGUGAGCGGUUCAAACUCCCAAUGCCAAGUGAAAAAGAAGCCUUGGUUCUCAAAAAGCUAGAGAGUGCACCUCUGCCUUCUGCCAAAAGUGAAAAUCCAGUGGAGUCAGAAGUUAAACAGGAGAGACCUGCCAGAAAAAGGAGAUGGAUCAGUAACUAAAUGGAAUCUAGGGCCCUAGUUUUUAAUGAUGGAAAAUCUGAUACUGGAGGCUUUGGAAUAUUCAAAUUGGGUUGAUUCUAUUAAAGUCUAGAACUAGAAUCCUUGCAAGCGAGCCAAUCUUAUGUUGAAAAUGGCAUCUAUAGGGUUAAGAUAUACUUUGUACUUCAGUUGUGAUAUUGUAACCACACUGCCUAUAAAUUUAUUGUAAACUGUAUAUACACGUAAAAUGUAAAACAUUAACUGGUUAUUACAGGUGUGACACAUCUUUUGGGUGUCAAAAAUCUAGCUCUUACCUGGAUGAUCUGGGUUAUGAGCAGCAACAUUGUAUGGUGAACGAAGGCUGGAUGCAGUUUAGUUAGCAUUAGAACUAAUUGUCAUGACCAUGGCAUUGUUGGUGGUGAGACUCUCAACCUGAUACUAUCACCUUUCUCAAGAUCUUGGUAAACUGAGAAAAUUCUUGAAGAGUGGUAAUUCAAAGAAAUGCUGCUUGCUUCACAGCCGUUUAUUUUAUAUGGAAUUACUGAUUAUAGAGAUUGCCAUGGAUUACUUUUUUGUUGUAGACUAUAAACAAGUACUGAUUACUCAUU